CAGCUCAGAAUCGAUCCUUCGUCAUCCGUGAGAGGUUUACAGAAUCAAGAUAAUUGGAAAGAGAAACCAAACCAGAGAAAAAAAUUUCUCAUUCCUCCGCGAAAUGGCCGCACCGACGAGAAGCGAGGUCCUAUCCUUGUAUCGAUCUCUGCUACGGGCGGCGCGUGAGUUUUGUGACUACAACAUCAGGGAAUACACAAAAGGUCGAACCAUCCACGGGUUCCGCGAAAACCGGAAUCUCACCAACCCGUCGGAGGUGUCGGCGGCUUUUGCCGAGGGGAAAAAGCAGCUGGAGGUGGCCAAACGGCAAGCCGUUGUGUACUCUCUCUAUGCCCCCAAGACCAAGAGCGUAAUGGACGUCAAACCCUGUUAGAAGAGUAUUAGGUAAUUGCAGACCGUCAGUUUUCAGUUUUGGCAGUUGUAAAUGAGGGCUUGUUUCUGUAUUGCUAGUUUUGAGAUGGUAUAAUCAACAAUAUAUGCUUGUUCAAUCAUAAAUAGUUGGCUGCUAGCUCUCUAUCUCUGGUUCUGCAGCUAACUUUUAUGAACAAGAAAAAGAUUUUACAUGAUGAUGGUAUGAUGUCUUGUACUCAUAAGAAUUGUUGGUGUACAUUAUUGAAGUUAUCUUCUUGGUGCAUGAAGUAAAGAGCAAAUCUAGAAACCAGGAUAUGGAAGUAUGAUCCUUACAUUCCAAUAAAAAUCACAAUCAAACCUUAGCAACCUCCAAUGACUUUGGAUUAGCAGUGGGUGUAAAAAUUUUCUAUUUGGCGAGUGAGAGGGGGAGGAAACUCAAUCACGUCUUUGCCUUCUGUGUUUUGUGUUUGUGACAGAAAUGUUGGCUAUUUCUCUUUUUCAUUAAUAUCACACGU